AUGGCGGCGACUGAGGAAAAGUCCACGGCGAUGGCUACCACAUUGAUCGCCGGUCUCGUUGCAGACUUUGUCAAGGCUUGCCAGUCGUCGGUGAGGAACAAAGACAGUUCCAUCGUUUGGGAUCACCUAGAGAUGGAAGGUGCUGGUCAAGGGCAUGCAAUCGCUCCCACGGUCGGAUCCAUGGCCGAACGAUACGCCCGCAGGGCCACGUCCGUUUUUAGUCACGGAAGUGAGCCGUCGCGCAAGAUUUUGCAUGACUUUCGGGGCCACGUCAAGGCUGGGGAGAUGCUAAUGGUAAUUGGCCGACCCGGUAGCGGUUGUACAACGUUUUUGAAGGGUCUUUGCCAUAUGCACGCUGAAUAUAAAAGUACCAGCGGUACUUUAUUGUAUGGCGGGAUCCAAGCAAAUUUUGAAGAGCCUGCAGCCCCAGCUGAGACCACAUUCUGCGCGGAGGAGGAUAUUCAUUUCCCAAGCUUGACUGUAGAGGAAACAUUGAGAUUUGCAGUCAACUCUCGGUAUAGCAACGUUAUAUCCUCCACAGACGCACGCAACACCGUGGUCAACCUUGCCCGUUUGUUCGGAAUUGAUCAUGUUUUGGCUACCAGAGUAGGAAAUGAACAGGUUCGAGGUGUUAGUGGUGGAGAAAGAAGACGAGUGUCCCUAGCUGAAGCUCUAGUGACUUGCCCCGAUCUGAUCUGCUACGACAACCCUACUGCUGGCCUUGACUCAUCAACCGCUCUUGAAUUCGUGCAAAUGCUGCGAGAAUAUACCAAUCAGUCCCACUGCACUGUCGCCAUGAGUCUCUACCAGGGAAGUGACGAUAUGGUUCCUCUCUUUGAUAAAGUGGCUGUCAUAAAUUCGGGGCACUGUAUCUACUACGGUGAUGUGGUUUCCGCAAAGUCCUACUUUGAGAAUCUAGGCUUUUAUUGUCCCCCAACAAUGUCAAUUACAGACUUCUUGAACUCGAUGUCGGCGGAGCCUGAAGCACGGGAGUUACGCCAAACAGCAGAUACUUGGUCGAUUCCGCAGACCCCUCAAGAAUUUGUUACUGCAUUCUGGAAAAGCGAAAAAGGGGUUGAACUUGAAGCACAGAUCGAAGAAGUGAAGAGCAGUGCUAGCGUUGGAGAAAACGCGCUGGGUCAGCGGAAGAAAUCACGACAGACAUACUCGAUUCCGAUUCUCACACAGAUUCUUCUCUGUGCCCACCGUCAAUAUCGCAUCUUCAUCACAGACUACAAUGCCUGGAUCGUCGAAGCUGCCUGCAUGGUAGUUCAGAGUAUCAUCCUUGGUACAGUCUUUCGCAACCUGCCACAUGAAACUUCGUCGCUGUACCAGCUUGGAUCAGUUGUUUUCUACGCGAUUCUCGUGCCUGGACUUCAGUCCAUGAGCGAAUUCGGCAACACCUUCGCACAGCGUCCAUUACUCUUGAAGCAUAAGGGGUAUCGUUUCUAUCACCCAAUGGCGUACGGCUAUGGCCAGAUUCUGUCAGACGUUGUCUGGAAAGUGGUGGUUAUUGCAUACAACAUCCCUAUGUAUUUCUUGGCCGGACUCCACCCCACGGCAGGCCAUUUCUUCAUUUUCUUCCUAGUCGCUUAUAUUUCCCAUCUGUCACUUUCGAUGUUCUUCCGGUUUAUCGCUGUCUUGUCACCAACAGUGGAACGGGCGGGUCUUCCUGUCGGCAUUUUCUUGACUACGUUGGUCAUCUACACGGGGUGGUACAUUCCACCACCACAAAUGCAGGUCUGGCUAAAGUGGUUCCGGUUCCUGAAUCCUAUGUACUACGCUUUUGAAUCGCUCAUGAUUAAUGAAGUUGGAACUACUGCCUACGAAUGUACUCCAUCCGACAUGGUCCCUCGUGGCCAAGCAUAUUCAGACGUGGCAUACCAAGCCUGUGCCAUUGCUGGCUCGGAGCCCGGUAAGACUCUUGUGGAAGGAGCUUCAUAUCUGAGAGUUUACUACGACUUUGAUAACUCUCACCUCUGGCGUAACGUCGGCAUAAACGCGGGCUUCUUCGUCUUUUUCGCCAUUUUGGUCGGUCUUGCAAUGGAGCUGUUCAAGCCCCCUGCUGGCCUUCUUGCUACAGUCUUUUAUCGCCGUCACGCCGCAAAUACUAUGCCUUCGCCCACUGGCAGCACUGGGAGUGAUAUCGAGGCACAAGAGUUUGCUAAGUCGGCACGGAAGGUAUCGUCGAACACCGAAGAGGUCCGGUCUCAGGAUGGACACUCCUUCGCCUGGAAGGAUCUUCACUUGACGCUUCGUAAGGAUGGAGAGGAACAGACUUUGCUGAAACAUAUUGACGGGUGUAUUGAUUCUGGAACGCUGACCGCGCUGAUGGGUGUCUCCGGUGCUGGAAAGACCACACUGCUCAAUGUCUUGGCCGGACGCAUGGACGUUGGUAAAUUGACAGGCACACUAUAUUUAGAUGGGUCGCCGCUUCCAAAAUCAUUCCGCUGGAGGAUGGGUUAUGUUCAACAGCAAGAUGUUCACUUGCCUACUCAGACAGUACGGGAGGCCCUCCAAAUGACGGCCCAUCUGCGUCGCCCGCUCUCGCUCUCGAAAGAGGAAAAAAAUGCCUACGUUGAAGAAGUGCUUGACAUGCUUGGUAUGCAAGAUAUCUCAGAUGCGUUGAUUGGAGUGCCCGGCGCUGGCCUCAAUCUCGAACAGCGAAAGCGGGUCUCUAUGGGCAUCGAGCUAGCAGCAAAGCCAGAUAUCUUGUUAUUGGAUGAGCCGACCUCUGGAUUGGAUGGGCAAUCUGCUAUCGCCUUGGUCCAGCUGCUGAAGAAACUUUCAAGAUCGGGCCAGACGAUUUUAUGUACAAUCCAUCAGCCUGCUGCAGCCGUGAUCGAGGUUUUCGACAAUCUGAUUCUGCUAGCGAAGGGCGGCCGAGUGACCUACCAGGGACCCUUGGGCGACCAAUCUUCAACUGCAUUAGAAUACUUCGGUCGGCAUGUGGAUGCGUGCGAUCCUAAACGGAACCCGGCAGAGUACCUGUUGGAAGUCGUUGGGGCCGGUUCGCGGUCAAAUGUUACUGCCGACUGGGCCCAAAUCUGGUCGGAGAGCCCUGAAUGUCGUAUUCAAGAUACCAAGUUGCAUGAUCUUAAGAACGUGAGCCCUUCGGAGCAGUCUCGACCUCAGCUUUAUGCUACUCCUCUGAAUCACCAAUUUGCCGUCGUGCUUCGUCGCACCUGGUUGUGGUACUGGCGUGAGCCAGCGUAUUUCUCCGCGAAGCUUUGGAUGAAUGUGGCCAAUGGCCUGUUGAAUGGCUUGACGUUCUUGAACAUCCCGAAUAGUCAACAGGGUGCAUUCGACCGCGUGUACACAAUUUUCCUAUCCUUCUUGAUGGGUCCACCUCUUGGAUUAUCCAUGGAGCCGCGAUUUACUGCAUUCCGCGAUAUUUUUGUGUACCGGGAAAAGGCCAGUCGAUCGUACCAUUGGAUUGUGUUUGUCAUGAGUUCUAUCAUCAUCGAACUACCCUUCACUCUGAUAACGGCGUUCAUCUAUUGGCUUCUGUGGUAUUUCCCCGCUGGUUUGCAGACUGAUGCCACUCAUGCUGGCUACGCAUUGCUGUGCUAUUGGCUGUUUUCCGUAUUCACUGUCAGCCUGGGAUACCUCAUUGCAGCGUGGAUGCCCAACUUGAACUCCACUCUCAUGGCCAAUGGAUUCUUCUUCAUGUUUGUGAAUACAUUUGCCGGCACUUUGACGGCGCGCGAAAAGACCCCGGCAGGCUGGAGUUGGUAUUUCAACGUCUCCCCGCUAUACUAUCUGGCGGAGGGACUCACUACCAAUUCUCUGUAUGGGCAUGAAAUCCGUUGCGUAUCCAGUGAGGUGACUGUCUUCCAUGCUCCCGCCAACGACACUUGCCUUAGCUACGCUGGUUCUUUCUUGAAGUCCGCUACAGGCUAUUUGGUUAAUCCAGAUGCCACUGGGGAUUGCGAUUAUUGCCGCUAUAGCCUUGGCCAGGAAUACUAUCAACAAUUUGGAUAUGACAACGAUCGUAAGUACCGUGAUAUUGGUAUAUUCAUCGGGUUUAUUGCAUUCAACUUCACGGCUGUCAUUUUGGGUACCUAUGUGACAAAGAUCUACAAGUGGAAGCGGAAGAGUGAAUAA